UGCGGGCCUGUAGUGACUAUGAUUUUGUCUCUUCGGAGCAGAAAUAGGUAUUAAACCAGGAGGCAUUCAGGUGUAUGCAUGACAGCAAGGUGAUUGUAAUGAGAGGUACAGUAUGUCGAGAAUGCUGCCCGGUGGUUGUGAUGAUGACAUGGCUUAUUAUGUCUAAUGAACUGCGGUAAAAAAAAAGAAAAAAGGAUUGUCUGUUUCAGUCGAAGUGAUACGUCGUCGCGCUUGAGCAUCCAAACCGAAACAGCACGACGUGUUUACUGUGUCAACUCUCACAGGUGUAGCGUACACACGACUGCUGAAGUGGCAGGACGAGAGGAGCAAGCAGCGGGCAGUAAGAGACUAAAGCUAAGAGGAUAAACAUAAGUAGCAUCCUCUUCCAAGUGGUUAGCUAGCUCCACUGGAUCGCUCAGUGAAAACCUAAGUAUGGAUCAGCCAGACGUGUAAUUCGUGGCAAUGGUUUUAAAGCCAUCAUAACUUGCGGUGGCCUACGUGCCAGAAUGAAGAAAAGCGAAACCUUGAGCUUGGAGGCCAUGUGGGGUUUGACAGUCUUCCAGAUCAGUUGGUCAGCAGAUCAGUCGCUCAGGGUUUCUGCUUCAACAUCCUCUGUGUGGGUGAGACCGGGAUAGGCAAGUCAACGCUAAUGAACACUCUUUUCAAUACAAUAUUUGAAAAUGAGGAAGCCAGUCACUAUGAGAGUGAGGUAAAGCUGCGCCCACAAACGUACGAUCUGCAGGAGAGCAAUGUCAACCUCAAGCUGACCAUCGUGCACACUGUGGGGUAUGGAGACCAGAUCAACAAAGAGGACAGCUAUAAACCCGUUGUUGAGUAUAUCGAUGCCCAGUUUGAAAGGUACCUUGAAGAGGAGCUAAAAAUAAAACGCUCCUUGUUUAACUGCCAUGACACAAGAAUCCACAUCUGCCUGUAUUUUAUUGCUCCCACCGGACACUCCCUGAAGUCCCUCGACCUUGUCACAAUGAAGAAACUGGACAGCAAAGUGAACAUCAUCCCUGUUAUUGCAAAGGCAGACACGGUAUCCAAGAGUGAAUUGGACAAGUUAAAGAUUAAGAUUAUGAGUGAGCUGGUCAGUAAUGGUGUGCAGAUUUAUCAGUUCCCUACAGAAGAUGAAGCCGUUGCAGAGAUCAACUCCUCCAUGAACACUCAUCUUCCCUUUGCUGUGGUUGGAAGUGUAGAAGAUGUUAAAGUAGGAAAUAAGAUGGUGAAAGCAAGGCUGUACCCCUGGGGAUCAGUCCAGGUCGAGAAUGAAAAUCAUUGUGAUUUUGUGAAGCUGAGGGAGAUGCUACUGCGUGUGAACAUGGAGGAUCUCAGAGAGCAAACACACUCUCGGCACUAUGAGCUCUACCGUCGCUGCAAGCUAGAAGAGAUGGGCUUCAAGGACACCGACCCUGACAGCCAGUCAUUCAGUCUUCAGGAGACAUACGAAGCCAAGAGGAAGGAAUUCCUUGUGGAUCUGCAACGCAAAGAGGAAGAGAUGAGACAAAUGUUUGUCAACAAAGUCAAGGAAACAGAAGCAGAGCUGAAGGAAAAGGAAAAAGAGCUCCAUGACAGGUUUGAGCAGCUUAAGCGGAUGCACCAGGAAGAAAAGAAAAAUCUGGAGGAGAAAAGACGGGAACUGGAGGAAGAGAUGAAUGCCUUCAACAGAAGAAAGGUUGCAGCUGAGACACUGAUGGGACAGGCUCUCCAAGGCUGCUCACAACCAUUCAAGAAGGACAAGGACAAGAAGAACUUCUUUAGUCUUCCAUCUGCGUGCUCCCUAACCUCAGGAAGGAAUUUGAAUUAGAAGACUUUCUACCACAUCAUAAGAUCACAGACUAACAAUGGAGUGUAUUAUUUUUUACAUUGUGAGACAACAAUUUUAUAGAAAUGCACUUAAUAUCCUUGGAAGUAAGUCAGUCUUAAGUCUUCCAUGUCUACUAAACUCUCCCUUGAGCUUUUAAGCAGCGCUCUGUAGCAUGGUCUCUGCAUGGCUCCUAACCUUCAUUCCUGAAAGUAUUAAAAAAUCUUCAUUGCCAAAAUCCCCCCACCCCACUUUUCUAAAUUGUUGUGCAAAAAUGUUCUUUCAUUUGCCAUGUUAUGCUUGUAGUUUUUGAUCGAUGACAAUUUACACUGUGAAACAUACAUCAUAAAGCUACAUUAUAUUGCUGGUAAAUGUUGUACAGACAGUACAUUAUGUUAUGAUUUAAUAGCACUUUAAUAGUACAAAUACUGUCUUUAGGCAUUGUAAAAGUUGUCAUAUCAUAUUCACGUGUCGGCCCUUAUGUUGUGUACAAAAGAUCUGGUUAGGAAUAUUUUAUAGUUUAAAAAAAUAUAUAUAUACAUAUAUAUAUAGAUAUAUAUGUGUGGUUAAGCCUGGUUGUAGGCCUAUGUAAAUUCUGGAUCAAAUCUCUGAAUGUUAGUAACACGGUGGGUGUGUGUGGGCCCACUUGCAGAUUUGUGUAUCCUGAUGCAAUAAAGAGUUACUUUAUUGUACAUGUGGCU